UUCAGCGGAGUUAUAAUUAUUUUUAUAAUAAUUCUCAUUGUAAUUUAACUUUCGCUUUCAAUUGGGCAUCUGGGAUUUUUUGCCAUUUCCUUUCUUUUUUUUUGUUUUAAUAAAUAAAAUUAGUGAGGUUGUUUUUUAUUUCAACUCACGGUGCGAGUAAUUUCAAUGACGAAUUAUGUGUGAGUGAGGGAUUCCUCAACUGGGUUUUGAUUAAUUUAAUUAUUUAUUAAUAAUAAUAAUAAUGGGGAAUGUGAAUGGAAGGGAAGAUGGAAGUAGUAGCCCAUCUGGGGUUGAAGAAGGUGAAAGUAAUAACAGCGUUCAAGAAGAAGGCAUGGGUGCGCCUGAUGGUUUGAUGGGUCAGUCGCCUCCUCAUAGCCCCAGAACCACCCACUCCCCUCUCAUGUUCACUCCUCAGGUCCCAGUAGCUCCAUUACAAAGACCAGACGAGAUACACAUUCCAAGUCAUUCAUGGAUGCAAAGCAGUUCAUGUUAUGAAGAUGUCAGCUAUGAGAUUGGAAUACCAACAAUGAUUACAUGGAGUUAUGAUGGCCAGGAAGUAACAGUGGAGGGAUCAUGGGAUAACUGGAAGACGAGAAUUCCCUUGCAGAGAUCAGGAAAAGACUUCACUAUUAUGAAAGUACUACCAUCAGGUGUUUAUCAGUACAGGUUUCUUGUUGAUGGACAGUGGAGAUAUGCCCCUGACUUGCCUUGGGCUCAAGAUGAUGUAGGCAAUUCUUACAACAUCUUAGACCUGCAGGAGUAUGUUCCUGAAGACCUUGAAAGCAUAUCUAGUUUUGAACCCCCUCAGUCUCCUGAGAUGAGCUAUAACAACUUGCAACUCACUGCUGAGGAUUUUGCAAAGGAGCCGCCUUUGGUUCCUCCACACAUGCAAAUGACACUGCUCAAUGUGCCGGCAUCCAACAUGGAGAUUCCACCUCCUCUAGCAAGACCUCAGCAUGUGGUCCUUAAUCAUCUUUAUAUGCAAAAGGGAAAUAGUGGUCCAUCUGUGGUGGCACUUGGUUCAAGUCACCGAUUUUUAGCCAAGUAUGUGACGGUGGUGCUGUAUAAGUCCAUGCAGAGGUAAUAAUAUGCUACUUCUUCGUCCGACUUUCUAGUCUUCAAUCCCAGAAUGUAGUUAUUAUAUUUAUCAAGAGUUAGAUGCUUUGGGAUGGUGUUGGUAAACUUAUUAAGCAGUCAUCAUACCGAAACUUCAUAGCUGUAUUAAUAUUUGAUGACCAUUGAUCCAACACUUUAUUUGCUUGGUCUUAUUGCAUUAUCUGGCCUUUCUAGCGCUAGAAA